AUGACUACAGGCCAGGACGAGUGCGGCAUGUGCGCGCCGCCCGCCACCGGCGCCAGUGUGCUCCCCAAACCCCACCCGCACCCGCGCUACAACAACAAGGCCGCCCGGCUCCGCAUCUUCGAAGAUUGGCCCAAGAGCAUGAAGCAGAAGCCCGAGGAGCUCGCCGAGGCCGGCUUCUACUACACCGGCCAGAGCGACAAGACCAAGUGCUUCUACUGCGACGGAGGACUCAAGGACUGGGAGGAGGACGACGUCCCAUGGGAGCAGCACGCGCGUUGGUUCGACCGGUGCGCGUACGUUCAGCUCGUCAAGGGAGAAGAUUACGUCCAGAAGGUCAUGAGCAGCCAAAAAGGAAAAGUCAUCAUUGCUCCGAACAAAGCGUCCAACAGCGCAAGCACUAGCCAAGCUCACAGCGGCACAGGGGCGAUGAUAACAAUAAUAAUAACGGUGGAUACCACGGGACAAAAAGCCACAACAAGAACAGUCCAGUGGGCCACAAAAACACCAGGCCAGGACGAGUGCGGCAUGUGCGCGCCGCCCGCCACCGGCGCCAGUGUGCUCCCCAAACCCCACCCGCACCCGCGCUACAACAACAAGGCCGCCCGGCUCCGCACCUUCGAAGAUUGGCCCAAGAGCAUGAAGCAGAAGCCCGAGGAGCUCGCCGAGGCCGGCUUCUACUACACCGGCCAGAGCGACAAGACCAUGUGCUUCUACUGCGACGGAGGACUCAAGGCAUGCUGUUUUUAA